UGAACUUUUAUCAAACUCCAUGGCAUCUUCCGGACUUUCUGGAAGUCACUACUGCCCACGCGACUCGUGGUGCCGCGGUCACUAUGACAUGCAUUGGAUGGCCGCUGUUGUUUGCAAUAUUUCUCCUGACCGUUGCGGAAACAUGUGGGGAGGAGAUCCUUUCAGGUUUUCUCCAGGUCUCUGUGAACAUGGAGCAGCCGAAUGCGACCGUUGCUGUCCCGGGACAGCUGUCGCAUCCGCAUGGCCCGAGAUGGAUCUGGCUUAUGAAGGCCAUUGAUCAAGGAAACCAUGCUGGGCAGGUUACAUAUCAACAUUAUCAACCUGAAAAGGUGACGCACUUAUUAUAUUUUCUGGGUCAGCUGAGCAGGGGGGUUGUGAUUCUGCUCUAUUUCUGCCUGCUGAUGAUGGUGCUUGCGUGGCUUCUGUAUGGUUUGCCAAAGAAGGCUCAACAAGAUGAACGCGUGAAGGAUGGCUGUUCCAAGACAUGGUGGAUCUUUCUGUGCUCGACCUAUGGAUUCGUCUACUUCAGUACAGACCAAUAUGCCCCGAGUCUUCCGCAGAUGGGUGUGGACCUGUCAGGGUCUCAAUGGCUCAUGAGUGCAACCGUGCAAUUCAAUUGUAUCACAAAGGCACUCAUGGGGCUGGUGAUAGCUGGCAUCUCUGAUCACGUGGGUCGUCGACCUGUGAUGGUCGGCUGUUUGUCUUUGUUGGCGAUGGCCAGUUUUUGCUGUGGAUGUGCUCCCAACGCUGACUGGUUUCUGGCUUCGCGCUUUCUACAGGGUCUCGGAGAGUCAGUGGAGCCUGUGGUCUUCGCGACCUGUCGGGACUACUUCGCAAAACCCGAGGAUCGCAUGAUGGUCAUCACAGUAGUACAACUUGUUGGUAGUGUAGCACAGAUGGUGGCACCGAUUUUCGGAGGCUUUUCGAGUAUAGUCUUUGGUUGGCGUUUCUCCUUUUUCUGCUUAGCGCUGCUUUGGGGAUCUCAUGCUGCCUAUGCGGCCAGAUACAUGCUUGAAAGCUGCCCCGAUAGCAGUGAAGAGAAAGAGGAGGGUAGUUAUUUCUUCGGCCUCCGCAAAAUCUUCACACCAGGUCCCCUCUGCCUCCUUUUCACCGAAUUCUGUGCAGUGGUCCCUUUUAUGGUCUUCACUUCGAACAUCGGCUACGUGACCCAGGUGAACUAUGGUCAAUCUCCCAUCACAACAUCCUUCUGCAUGCUAUCUUGGGCGGUCAUCGAUGCCAUAGGUGUCAUUGGAACACAAUGCUUGCAGUCGACCAGUGGGCUGUCUAUCCCUCAAAUGAGCCGGAUCAUGAUGGUUACCUUCGGUCUCGCGGGCAUUCUGUCCCUGUUUCUGGGAAGCUUUUCGGAGGAAAUGUGGGCGUACCUCACCGCAUCUUUCUUACAAGGCAUGUUGUAUUCACCUGCGCUGGUUCUUUUGAACGUCUUAUACUUUGAACCCCUGGAAGAUUGCGCGGGGUUGGCCGCUGCUUUUGAGAUUGUGGCACAAGAUUUUCUGCCCACCCUCUACUCCAUGGUUUGCACGCAAUCUUUGAUCCAUUCAGGGGUCAAAAGCUAUAUGCAGCUGCAAUCAGCGGGUUUCGUGGCUACUCCGGUCUUUUAUCUUGGCUAUGAAUUGGUCCAACGGGUGCCGUCCCCACCUGUUGCCCGUGAAAGCGAUGUCUACAAGGAUCCUGACCGUGGAUGGCCAGCAACGAGAGCUGAAAUGCUCCGAUGUUCACCCGCCAUUUUUGACAAAGAUGGAUGCGCCACUGUGGCGACAUGGUCAAAAUAG